UGCCUUUUCGAGGAUAGGGUCGAUCUUGAUUGUCGUCUAGCUAUUCGUGCUGAGCUAGUUUGGAAUUCGCAUUGAUCGCGUCCAACGUUUUUGUUGAUUUCGUGCAUCUAGACUCUAGUUCUCGGUGCGUCGAAGUCUUCUACUGUGGGGAUCGUAAAUUGAGACGCAUUGUCUGGUUCGGCAUCGACAUCUCUUUAAAAUAGAUUGCAUUGCACUAUUUUUUUUUUUUGCGAAAUCACGAAGUGUCUGCUCGUCUACGAGAAUAAUGAUGAAUGCUUUUAGAAUUUCGUAGCAUCCUGGCCAUUGGAAGAAGCACACGUUUCUGCGGUGUCGUCGCGCGUGCUGGGUAACAAUUUAGUAGUCAAUGUGCAGUUAUUUCAAUUUGUGAUGACAACGCCGGUCAUUGCUAAAACGUGUUUGUGGUGAUUAAUUGCUGCUGAUUGAAAAUUUGAGAUAACGCGCUGCAUACUGCUGAACAUAGACGUCAACCUGUUGGAGGAGUUCCUGGAGCGCCAACCUGCUCGUACGAUGCCUGGGGAGAUUCUCGUCCCACGCACUUGGUAGGGCAGUUUUCAAGGGACUCCCAAUCAAAACCGGAACAGGCUCCGUCGUGGAGUUCUCAAGAUUUUUGUUGUUGCGUUGUACACGUAAAACGAAGAAAAAAAAACAACAAACAGAUUUCCCAGGGGCGCGGAUCUUCUAUAUAAACUGGGAGCUGCAGUGGCGAAAAUAUGUAUUCCUUAAGUCGCCGCGUGCUCAUCAUGUUGACAGGAAGCGUAGUCAUCUCGCUGCUGAUUGUUGUAACCAUCUACGGAGUGAACAGUGCACCCUCGCCGACCAAAAAGUUAAUUGAAGUGGCCGAUCAUCAGCUGGCAGGUGAUAGCGAUAGUGAAGAUUACGAAAAGGCGGCACGAGAUUACGAGUUGAAACAGGUGCACGUGGUUUUCCGCCAUGGCGAACGAACACCGGUUGACACUUAUCCCAAUGAUCCUUUGGUGAACAGUACGUUUUCCCCUUACGGAUGGGGUCAGCUCACAAACUUCGGCAGAAGAAGUCUCUAUGACAUAGGCACGUGGCUACGCAAUCGCUACGGAAAGCUACUGGGGAAACUUUACCACCCGGACAAAAUAUUUGCCCAAAGCACGGGCGUUUCGCGGACCCAGAUGUCCAUCGAGUUGGUGCUAGCUUCGCUCUAUCCACCUGCAGACACUGCCCAAGAGUGGAACAAGGAUCUCAACUGGCAGCCGAUUCCUUUCUUCAGCGAGCCUUUGGAUGAGGACACGUUACUGCUGGUCCGGAAAUCGUGUCCUCGUUACCACGAAGCUCUGAUGGAAGUCAUGGAGAGCUCUGAGGUGCGACAAUUCCUCAACGACAGUCAAGAACUGUUGGAUAAUCUCACCACCAUAACCGGAUCCGAUAUCAAAACGCCGGACGAUGUCCAAUCGCUAUUCAGCACUUUGAAAGCGGAGGACGACUUUGGCCUUGCGCUGCCCGAGUGGAUCAGAGAAUACUACCCGGACAAGAUGCUUCCACUGGUCACAUUUGGCUAUACACUGAACGUCUACAACGACGAGCUAAAAAGGCUGAAAGGUGGACCGUUCCUGAAGAAGACCAUUUCAGAAUGGGAAGCCGUGAUAGCUUCGGAAGGAACCCGUGACAAGAACAAGAAAAUGUUCCUAUACGCCGGGCACGACUCAUCGGUGGUCAACAUCCUUUCGGCGUUCAACGUGUGGAAGGAACAAGUUCCGGGCUACGCCAUUAUGGCCCUCUUCGAACUGUACAAACACCGCUGGACGGACGAGUACUCGGUGAGAAUUUACCAGAAGAACGUCGGAGAGUCACCGAUUAGUUUGAAGAUUCCCGGUUGCAGCAAGUACUGCCCGGUGGAAAAACUGAAAACGCUGCUCGAUAGCCAUGUGCCGACCGAUAUGGCCGUUCUCUGUAAAGCGCAUGACGCCGGCUUCGAAGAGCCACCUCCCAGUGGACCCUGAAUCUGCACUGUGUUUGGGUGGGGUCGUUUAUAAAUCUAAGGUAGGUAAUAUAGAUACUAGUGUGAAAUGUGAUUUUAAGUAAAUUGUGAUUUAAAAGAUGUUAUGAGUAUGAAA